CCGCACUUGGCCCUGCCACUAUUCCAGUACCCAUUGGCCUGCCCUCUCCGUUCCUCCGUCUCUACCUAACCCGGAGAGGGGCCAAGAAGCCAGAGCGCUGACCGUCCAGGCUCCAGCUUGCUUCCCGCUACAUCAGUUGGAGAGGAAAAGUUUGUGAAUUGGGCCUCCAAGUUUUGGGGGAUCCGGGCUUGCGGCGAGGGGUGACAGAGAAGGUUCGUGGAAGGUGCCUCCAUUAGCUCCCCACAUGGAGCCCACCCAGCCUUCAGAGGACCUCAGCCUGACCCAGCAGCCUCCCACCCCAGAAUUUGGGGAACCUGAAGACCCCAGGGAUGAGGCCCCGGAUGGCUCAGACACAGUGGUGCUCAGUCUCUUCCCCUGCACCCCAGAGCCUGGGAACCCUGAACCAGAUGCUGGCGCCUCUUCACCUCAGGGCAACUCCCUAAAGCACUCCACAACCCUCACCAACCGGCAGCGGGGGAAUGAGGUCUCGGCCCUGCCGGCCACCCUGGACUCCCUGUCCAUCCACCAGCUUGCAGCCCAGGGAGAGCUGAGCCAGCUGAAGGAGCAUCUGAGGAAAGCUUUGGGGAGAGUGGGCAGGGGUGCAGCCCAGUGGUACCACCCCCUCCUGCCAGGCGACAACCUCAUCAACAAGCCGGACGAGCGUGGCUUCACCCCCCUCAUCUGGGCCUCAGCCUUCGGAGAGAUAGAGACCGUCCGAUUCUUGCUUGAGUGGGGUGCCGACCCCCACAUCCUGGCCAAGGAGCGGGAGAGCGCCCUGUCACUGGCCAGCACAGGUGGCUACACAGACAUCGUGGGGCUGCUGCUCGAGCGUGAUGUGGACAUCAACAUUUACGACUGGAAUGGAGGGACGCCACUGCUCUAUGCCGUGCGUGGGAACCAUGUGAAGUGCGUGGAGGCCUUGCUGGCCCGAGGAGCUGAUCUCACCACUGAAGCUGACUCUGGCUACACCCCAAUGGAUCUCGCUGUGGCUCUGGGAUACCGGAAAGUGCAACAGGUGAUCGAGAACCACAUCCUCAAACUCUUCCAGAAUAACCUGGUGCCCGAUGAUCCUGAGUGAAGGCCACCUAC